AAGUAUUUUGAAUGAGUCUGUCUAUGCAGGGUGUCUACUCCAUUGUAUUUUUCUGACAACAAGUGGUGACAGCUAAUUUUAUUUUAAUGUAUUUUCUUUGAGAAUAUUAAGUUGUACUGUACUUUGAGAGCAAACUUCUUUGAAUGUCAUCUCCUUAGACUAAACCAUUAAUUAAAGAGGCAAAGAUUUAAAAAAAAAAAAAAUCUCUGUUCAAUAAAAAAUUGAAUAUAGAGAUGGAAUAUUCUUUUUGUUUUUAUCUUCUUUUUGGCAGGUCAACGAUUGGUUAGAGCCACAAUAUGGGAUAAGUUACCAGUCAAUUAGGAGAAUACCAGACAAGAGGGUUGCUCAGAUGGUAAGCGCCCUCCACUUUCAACCCGAAUGUUGCAAGUUCGAGUUAGCAAGGGAGCUCCGGGGGGAGGGGUGAAAAAAAAAUUAGGAGAAUAUCUCAUUUUGACCUUGAUCCUUAAUGAAUCUCCAAUUUGAAGGUAAUUUUAAAUCAUAAUAAAAAAUCGAGGGGCAAAUUUGUGAUGCCGGUGCUGGUGCCUCUGCAGGUGCUAUUGCUGCUACAUUUAUGUGUCCAUUGGAUGUUAUUAAGACAAGACUGCAAGUAUAUGGUCUGCCUCAGGUUUCUCAAUCUGGUCGUCAAGGCCCACUUAUUUUUCCUUAAAAUCUUUUGGCAACAAACAGGUAGUGUCAUUGUCACAAGCUUACAGAAUAUAUUAAGAACUGAAGGUUUCAGGGGACUUUAUCGAGGCCUUUCACCAACAUUAACAGCACUUCUUCCAAACUGGGCGGUAUACUUUACAGUUUAUGGGCAUCUAAAGGAUUUGUUGCAUUCGCAUGAUGCUGUGGAUAGCUGUGGGCAGCUUACUAUUGGUGCAAACAUGAUUGCUGCUGCAGGAGCGGGGGCCGCAACAUCCAUUACGACAAAUCCAUUGUGGGUUGUUAAGACCCGGCUCCAAACACAGGGAAUGAGGGUGGGUGUAGUUCCAUAUAAAGGUGUAUUCUCUGCUUUAAUACGAAUAGCACAUGAAGAAGGGAUCCGCGGAUGGUACAGUGGCCUCUUGCCGUCUUUGGCUGGGAUAAGUCAUGUUGCUAUCCAAUUUCCACCAUAUGAAAAGCUGAAAUCAUACUUAGCAAAAAGGCCCAAUAAGCAUACCAAUGAAUUGAAUCCUGGUGAAGUUGCAAUUGCCUCUUCGACUGCGAAAGUCGUGCGUUCUAAAUUACAAGAACAAGGGCAAGUAAGAAACUCAGAGAAAGCAUAUAAUGGGGUUGUUGAUUGUGUAAAAAAGAUGUUCAAACAGGAACAUCUGACUGGAUUCUACCGGGGUUGUGGAACCAAUCUUCUACGGACGACUCCCUCUGCUGUUAUUACAUUUACAAGUUAUGAAAUGAUCCACAGAAUAUUUGAGCAAGUUAUACUUCCAGAGGAGCGUUCAAAACCAAAUCCUAGAUGUGAAUCCCAUAAGGUAGCCGGAGAACAUGGAGACAAUGACGAAAAUUUACAACAACCAGAAAGCACAUCGAAUAAGAGAACUCCUUUAAUUCCAUCGAGUAAUUCUGAUAAUCUAACUGCUAGACAUUGAUUAGAGAUGUGUUUUUUUUUUUUUUUUUUCGGUCGCGGAGGCAAUUUGCAACAAGUGUUUGCUGUUGCACAAAUUUUCCUUUUGUAGCUUACUAUUCUGGAUCUAAUAAAGAAGGACACGAAUAGUUUUCCGAUAA